CCUACCCGUCUUUCCUGGGUUAUUUCUACCUACAGAUUCCAUCUUCUCAUCUUCGUUUUACUCACUUGAUAUUUCUCUUGGGUCUCUCUGUACCCUACUGGACCCCGAACCCUUUUUGAUUUUCCAUCGAGACUGGCGAUGCGAUACUCCGUAUAGACCGUUUUAUCGUGAGGAGAGUCCGACUCUUAUGCUUCCCGGCUCCUAAGGUGCAUCUAUGGAUCACCGCGGUUCCUUCUUUUUCCUUCUCCUCGUGUUCUAUCUUCUUCUCAAUUCCCAGUCGCAUGCUCCGCUGGUCGCGCAGGAUCGAGAACGUCAACGGGAGCUCGAAAGAGAGCGACAGGCGCUCCGUUUGCUGAAUGAGUCCUCCUAUGGAGACUUGAAUCCCGAAGCAGAUCGGUGGUUGCCUUACCAUGGAUUUAGGAAGAACGAUAGUUACGCGUGGAGUCUCCUCGGCGAGGUCCAGGAUAGGGCGCGGGAUCAACUGCAGUCUAUCGUAUCCAACGCCGGGUUCGAACCGCCAUCACCCGGUCUCAACCUGUCGCAGUUACCUCUUCCUGUGUAUCAGAAUGUGACAGGGAAGCUUCAGGGAGAUUGGGUGCGUCGCAAGCUGGCUGGGGAUCGACCGCCGCUGAACACAACCGCCAUCGCUUUGGAGAACGAAUACUUCACGAGCGAGUUUAGCCAGAAUGUCACCGGCAACAGUGGGACCUUCUACUUAGACUUGCGGGAAGGCGGAGGGGAAGAGCUGCGGUUGCGCAAUGGCGAGAUCCGGGAAAUACGCGCAGCCCUGGCUGUGGAGAGCGGCGAUUUCUGGGGAAACACCUGGCACCUGCCCUUGUACGGGGUCCAUUUUCCGGAAACCGGGGCUGUCAUCCUGACGACCUCGAGCGAAAAGUUUGGCGGCGUGUUCGCUCUACCGCAUUUGACACUUUCGUCCGAUGGGUACGAUCUCUCCCACAAGCUCCUCGUCAAGUCCCUCUCCGAUGCCAUAUCGGAGAAACAAAAUCGGCCGCCCACAAUAUUACCUUGGCCCUUGCUGGUCGGUACGGAGCAAGUGGAAUUUCCUUCGCCCAAAUGUGAACACAUUGUCUACUUACAGCAACAUCCGGUUGCGACUCGUGAUUAUCUGAUGGACAAGUCGAUCAUCCACCAAGUGGAACAAGAGCUUCGAUAUCCGAUGGGUGCCCCCAUCCCAUCGCCUCCACUGAUGGUCAUGUCAGCCGUGGUCUUUUCUCCUGACUGUGGCUACAUACUCGAGACCAAAGGCACACCCGAAUUUCCGCCAACAGACUCGCUCUACCUGACGGGGCUUAAGUUGGAGGAGUUUGGCAAAUACUCCGCGCGUAUCAUAUCCCUCAUGUCGGCCUUCUGGGUUGCGCAGAUAGCAUUGCUUCUUCGGCAGAUCAAGGUGUCCUCUACUCCAUCGACCCGGAGUCGUGUAAGCUUCUACACGAUUGCGCUGAUGGCUUUUGGAGACGCCUUUGUGCUCGUGUUUGUCCUUCUUGAGCUUUACCCGGCCGUGUCGUUUUUAAUCAUGACGACCGCUUCUUUCCUCACUUUCCUGUCAGUCAGCUACAUUGGCAUGAAAUUCAUGAUGGAAAUCUGGGCGGUGCAGGCACCGGAACGGAGAGAACAAGAACGGAGGGAACAAGAGCGUCGCUCGAACCCCCCAACCCCUAGCGUGCGACCUGGAGACCUGCCACUGCCAGUGACUGCGGCACGGAUGCGAGAUUCGGGCGCAACGCCGGUCAUCUUAACGCCUGAUCAGGAUCCUCCCGAAGAAGAAGAGGCACCGCCGGCCAGGGCCACCGCUGCGCCAUCCGCACGGGACGCUCGCAGCGACGUCGGAGCUAUGUAUGCUCGAUUUUACUUCAUCCUGUUUGUGUCGCUUAUUGUCUCCAUCUGGUCAUUCAUGUGGCCGAACCAGCUUGCGGCACUCUACGCCCGGGCUCUUGGGUUCAUCUAUGUGUCCUUUUGGACGCCGCAGAUCUAUCGGAACGUCAUGCGCAAUUGUCGCAAAGCCCUGCGAUGGGACUUUGUCGUCGGGCAAAGCUUUUUGCGACUAUUCCCGUUCAUGUACUUCCUCACUGUGCGUGGAAACGUCCUAUUUGUGCGACCCGAUGUGACCACGGCGUUGGUGCUGGCUGGUUGGGUAUGGAUCCAGGUUUGGGUAUUGGCAAGCCAGGACAUCCUAGGCCCUCGUUUCUUCAUCCCUCGUGGAUGGGCACCCCCAGCCUAUGACUACCACCCUCUCGUGCGGGAUGCGGCCGGGUCAGACGAUCUGGAGUCCGGUGGAGUGCUACCCAUCGGGGCAUUACGAGCCGACGAACGAGACAUAUCAAUAGACGACAAAGGCGAUGACAAGCAUCGACCCAAGGACAAGAAAAAAGCGAUCUUCGACUGCGCGAUCUGCAUGCAGGAGAUCGAGGUGCCCGUCUUGGCCGCGUCCACGGGCAGCAACAGCGUCACGGACGGAGCCACCACCAUCCUCAGUCGCCGCGCAUACAUGGUGACGCCGUGCCGGCACAUCUUCCACAGCACCUGUUUGGAGAGCUGGAUGCGGCUCCGGCUGCAGUGCCCGAUCUGCCGCGAGUCCAUCCCUCCUGUAUAGAAUGUAUUAUGGCUAUGGUUAUGACUAUGAUUCAUGUGAUAGUGUACAUUAUUUAGAGUGUCUGGCAUGGUUUGCAC